AUGGAGAAGUUUAUUUAUCCAUUGAACCCACCUAAUCGGUUUCGCGACAAUGGCAAACAGAUGCAGGUUCUGUGUCUCGGCCUCUCACGAAGCGGCACAGAUUCACUACGCUCUGCCCUGAGGAUCCUCGGAUAUAGUGACGUAUACCAUGGGUUCGUCAUUACGUCACACCAGCGCGAAGACUGCGCAUUCUGGGUUCCCCUAAUGCGUCGGAAGCUCAGAAAUCCCAAUUUCAGAGAGUCAAUCGACUUUGACUCUGUUCUUGGAAACUGUGAAGCGGUCACCGAUGGGCCCGCUAAUGUCUUCGGCCAUGAGCUUUUAACCUACUACCCCAAUGCCAAGGUCAUUAUCAACCGACGCCGACAUGUAGAUGACUGGUAUAGCAGUAUGAAGAAGACGUGUCUCGAGGUGUUUAGCUGGCCUAUGUGGGUGCUUAGCUGGUUUGAUACGAGUAUCUGCUGGCUCUGGUGGAAUUUUGAACUUGUGAUGAAAGAAUACUAUAAAGGCGACUUCGAAAAAUUCGGCAAAGAAACGUUUAAAAACCACUAUAAGGAUCUCGAAAGCAGAUUAACCAAGGACGAAAGGCCCUUCCUGGAUUGGACCGUCGAAGAUGGAUGGGAGCCCCUUUGCAAAUUUCUUGAGAGGCCCACUCCAGAUGUUCCAUUUCCGAAUGGUAAUAAAGGAAGCGGUCAGUUCCAGGAUAACAUGCAACAAGCCACGAGAGAUAUCGUAGCAAACGCGUUGCGGAAUAUGACACUUUGCUUCACACUGCUUUUGUCGACUACUCUUGCAUUUAUUCUUACAAGGAACCUGUAG